AUGUCAGAUUAUGAUAAAUAUUCAACUCCAUUAUCUUCAAGAUAUGCUUCUGAGGAAAUGUCGCAAAUUUUUUCAUUAAGAAAUAGAUUUUCAACUUGGAGAAAAUUAUGGUUAAAUUUAGCAAAAGCUGAAAAAGACGUUGGUUUAUCAGUUAUUACAGAUGAUGCAAUUGAAGAAAUGUCAAAACACUUAACUAUUACUGAUGAAGAGAUUAAAAAAGCUUCAAUUGAAGAAGCAAAAGUUAGACAUGAUGUUAUGGCUCAUGUUCAUACAUUUGGUGAAACUUGUCCAAAAGCUAGUGGUAUAAUACAUUUAGGUGCUACUUCAUGUUUCGUUACUGAUAAUGCUGAUUUAAUAUUUUUAAGAGAUGCUUACGAUAUUUUAAUUCCAAAAUUAGUUAAUGUUAUAGAUAGAUUAUCACAAUUUGCUAUUGAAUAUAAAGAUUUACCAGUUUUAGGUUGGACUCAUUUUCAACCAGCUCAAUUAACUACUGUUGGUAAAAGAGCUACUUUAUGGUUACAAGAAUUAUUAUGGGAUUUAAGAAAUAUGGUUAGGGCAAGAAAUGAUAUUGGUUUAAGAGGUGUUAAAGGUACAACAGGUACUCAAGCAUCAUUUUUAAGUUUAUUUCAUGGUGAUCAUGAUAAAGUUGAAGAAUUGGAUAAAAAAGUUUGUCAAUUAUUAGGUUUUGAUAUUGUUUAUCCAUGUACUGGUCAAACUUAUUCAAGAAAAAUUGAUAUUGAUGUUUUAGCUCCAUUAUCAAGUUUUGGUGCAACUGCCCAUAAAUUUGCAACUGAUAUUAGAUUAUUAGCUAAUUUAAAAGAAAUUGAAGAGCCUUUUGAAAAAUCACAAAUUGGUUCAUCUGCUAUGGCUUAUAAAAGAAAUCCAAUGAGAUGUGAAAGAGUUUGUUCAUUAGCAAGACAUUUAGGUGGUUUGUAUAGUGAUGCUUUACAAACUGCUUCAGUCCAAUGGUUUGAAAGAACUUUAGAUGAUUCAGCAAUUAGAAGAAUAAGUUUACCUUCUGCAUUUUUAACUUGUGAUAUUUUAUUAUCAACAAUGUUGAAUAUUACAUCAGGUUUGGUUGUUUAUCCAAAAGUUAUUGAAAGAAGAAUUAAUGCUGAAUUACCCUUCAUGGCUACUGAAAAUAUUAUAAUGGCAAUGGUUGAAAAAGGUGGUUCAAGACAAGAUUGUCAUGAAGAAAUUAGAGUUUUAUCUCAUCAAGCUUCAGAUGUUGUAAAACAAAAAGGUGGUGAUAAUGAUUUAAUUGAAAGAAUCAAAAAGACUGAAUAUUUCAAACCAAUUUGGGACGAUUUAGAUUCUUUAUUAGAUCCAAAAACUUUUGUUGGUAGAGCUCCACAACAAACUGAAAAAUUUAUUAAAAAUGAUGUUGCAAUUGCCUUAAAACCUUUUGAAAAAUACAUUACAAAAGAAAACGUUUCAUUAAAAGUUUAA